AUGCGGGCGCUCAGGCUUUGUGGCAGCCGCUCCUUCACGUUUGUCGUGGGUGCGGCGCAACUCACGGUGGUGCGGGCGUCGUUUCGUCGUUUCUCACGGCAGGAAAUCGUUGAGGCCGGAGAGCGGGCCGAUGACACUGCCGGCGAUGACGCCAUGUUAAGCACCGCUCUGCCUGCAUCUGCGGAGGACACGUUUGCCGGCGAGUUUGACGAGCUCGAGGCGGCUUCGCAGGAAAUACACGACCUCUGCUUUGCGAUGAUCAGCCACCUGCGGAAGGUCGACCCGGACGAGACGGAAGCUCUUUUCGAGAAACGCUGCGCCCGUCGGUUUCGCGAGACAAUUCAUGAGAACAAACGGCGAUUGCUGCACGGGCACGGGUCGCGGGGCCUUCGCCGCAUGAACUGCUACCGAACAAGACGGGAGUAUGAGGAGGCGACGCAGCUUUUUUUUCAGUUUGGAGAGAAGCUGUUGCUGCUUCUCACCAAGCCGGUUAUGGACCGAAUUGUGGAAUCUGCUGGAAGGAGCUGCAGGGUGCAUCGCUCUGACGGCGUUCACAAGUACCGAAUGCCUUUAGAACGAGCGAGUUGGCGCGGUUUUCCAUAUCGAUGGUUUAAGCACGCGCCCUUUGAAGUUCAGCAGCUCCGUGCCGACAUGCCGGAGGUGGCGGUGAAAAAUACGAGGACGAUGCGGGAUAUUUCCACCCUACGCUCCUUGUUUACGCUCAUGGAGCCACAGCACCCCUUUAGGUCUACUCUUGAAAGCCGCCUUUUCGAAAUUACGCGAGAGUAUGAUGCUGUACAGAAACCUCUUAAGAGAGGUGACUUCCCCUCCCUUCCUGCACAGUCAUCGUGA